AUGUACUCGGAAAACUUACCUGUUCCACGUUUAAUUUUGACGCGGUUGACUUUCGCAGGAAAUUUCGUCUUUGAUUUUGGUAAGCACUUAUGUUAAAAUACUUUAAAUAGAUACCACAAGGUACCUCGUAUUUUUUAUUAUGAUUAUCAUAGUUUAUUUAACUCGUGUAAAUUAGUGUAAACUCUUGCGUGAGAUUUAUUGUGCAGUUGUGUAGUAUAUAUGUAUUGUAUCCGUCAUUACUUUAAAAUAUACAAUUAAGUCGUGAUACAGGACUUGGGAUUUCAAAACCGUGUUUUGAGUGGCAUUUAUAAACUAAGAUUAUUUUAUUGUUGUUUUUGUAUUAUGUUAAAUUUUUCUUUUCUUUUUUCAAUUAUACCAUGUUUAAAAAAUAUUAAUAUUAAUAUUCCCUAAUUAGGUAUAUCAGAUUUUCACGAUUAUUUUCUACUAACGAAUAAUUUAUUAUUACUUCUGUUGCCAUACUGCUCAGCCGCGGUCGCCAAUAAUCUCUUCCCCUUUUUCCUACCUAUGAUGAUCGGGCUAAAACCUCGCUACCUCGAUUGCUAGAGGUAUCCGACAGCGCUCUGUAGCGGCGGCUGUUACCGGUUUCUUCCCCAGCACGACUAGCUGUACAUUAUAAAAUCAAUGGUAUGCACAAAAAAAAUGUAUAAUAUACUUUAUUGUUUAAAUGUUUGAAAAAUUUAGAACAACAAAUUGAAUUGGGCAAGUAUACUUUUAAAAACUAAAUAAAUUUAUUAUUUGUAUAAUGUGUUUUAUAAAAUCCAAUAUAACUAAAUUAAAGAUAUAUUUAAAACAAACAUGUUCAUUAAUGCCGAGUUUUAAAUGCCAUUACCAAAUAAUAUUAAUUUAUUUACCAAUUUUCCAUGAAAAUAUACUCAUAGCAAUACGAUUAUAUUUGUUAGAAAGUUAUUACUAUUCAUUAAUUAUUAUUCAGUAAAAUGAUAAUGGGAAUAAAUUAUAUUGUUUAAAAACUUCAAAUAAUUGUAUAUAAUCAACAACUCACCAUUAAUUAACAUGUUUCACAACUAUUCAAAUCAAAAUUUCUAGAAAAAUAUUAUGCAUUCGAAUCUAUGUCCAAAAAGGGGGUUUCCUAUUUGAAAAACAAAAGUACCUACAUACUUAUUAAAGGUAUAUUAAGUAAGAGUAAAAAAUUAAAAAUUCUUUUAAAAUAAAGCUUAAAAGAGUCCAGUCAUUAAAAAAAACAAAAAAAAAAAAAACAAAACAGUUAUCAAAUUUAAUUUAAAAGUUCUAUGAGCAAAUUGCUGGUUUAUGAUGAAAAAAAUCACUCUGUAUAAUAAAGUACUACUUACUGGUGACCAUCAUUUCAAAACUUUGUAUUAAAAAUUAACCAGUAGGUAGUCAAAUAUUGUUCGAUUUUUAAUUACCAAUAUUUUUGUUACCAAUUCUAAGCCUUGUAUUAUAUUAUAAACAUGAUGUAUUUUUAUAUAUUUUCAUCUCUUUUGUAAGGAAUUUUAUUAUUAUAUUAUUUUGGUGUAGAUCAUGAGGCAAGACAUCAUCAUGAAGAUUCACAUGGAGAAUGUAGAAGAAGUGAAGAUGGCAAGUAUUUUUUAAGUACUUAACCAAACGAACUUAAUUUCUAAUAAAAAAAAAUUUAAAAAAGAACUGAUACUGGAGAUGGGUAUGGCCACUGUUGUAGGAGGGUAAUUUGGAAGGUGGGAAACAUAAAGUUAUUUAAUCUGUAUCUGUAACUAACGAUAAAUCAUUGCUAAUAAAAAAUGAUUCAAAGCGAAGUUCAGUUGUACACGUUUUAAAAGACCGUAAUAUUUGCGAUUUUUGUCAACAUUUUAUUUUAAAACGCUUAUAAAAAAAAAAAAAAAAAAAAAAUACUACAUGACAUUUCAUUUUUUUUUUCGGUUUUUCCCAAUUAUUUUGAAAAUUCUUUGAAAAAUCAAAAAAUUUCCUCUUUAGUACACAACCUAGAUAAAACUUCAUUCUUUAAAAGGUGCUGCACUUGAUACAUCGGUGCAAGUUUUCUUUUCGAAAAGUUACAGAUAGAAAAAAUAUUUUUAAAAAACACACAUUUUAGUAAAACUAAUAGAUUCCUAGUUACUUUCAGAAUUUGCUAAAAUAUCAAGUAUAUUAUACAAAAUAAUCCACUAAGUGUGCUCACCCCUUUUUCGAUUAAGUUUAUGUAUGUUCAAAUUCUGAUUUUUGGAAUUUUUAAGUGUAUUUAAAACCGAUUUUUAUUAUAAUGAAUAUCAUUUGUGUGACGCCCGGUGCGUGGCGUUUUAUUAGUGCUUCACUACUCUCCCACUACUUAAACUUAAAAGUGGAAUAUCUCGUCAAUGGGUUGAUGUAAAUCAACAAUUUUAAUAUUAAAAUGUAUUUAUACUAAUACUACUCAUCUAUUUAUGGAUUUUUACUAUAAAUCCUCAUUUGAAAAAAGUUGGUGUCAUCACAGGAUACUCUUUAAAAUAAAAAUAUCUUUUAAAACUCUUCAAAAUAUAACAUUUACAAUACAAUAAGACUCAUCGUUGGCCUUUGUUUUAAAAUGUAUAGGUUCAAUGAAAAGAUUUAUGCGUGGAUUCAAACACUUUUUCAGUAUGUAUUUAAUAUAUUUUUUAUUAUAAAAUAAUGUAUAAAACUAUAUAAAAUUUAAUAUUGUAAAGCUAAACCACCAAACGAAUGUAACACAGUAAUAUUGUAAUUGUUUAUACCAUGUUAUAUUAUUUUAAACGCUUUCAAAUAAUAUUUAUAGUUAUAGGUAAGUAAAUUAUUGCGGGGUUACCCGAGUGCAUCCCAAAUUACCCUUUUUCAAUGUCCCGAGUACGUUCGGAAAAAGGUACAAUCGAGUGCGUCCCAAUAAAAUGAAGGUCAUUUUUGAAACGUAGCCCGAAUGCGUACCAGUUCAUUUAGAAUUACCCAUUGUACACUACUAGAAGAUGAACUGAUUUACAUCCCAACAAUUUUUGUUUAUUUUUAUACUUUUAAUUGUAUUUUUAUUUGUAUACUUCUCUUAAAUUCAUUAGUUUAAAGUGAGGGUACUAAUUUUAUUAUACCAAAGUUUUACUAAAAAUGUAUUAUAUUAAAGGUUGGUUUUUGAAUUCGUUCUUACCAUGUUGGCUUAACAUGUCAUCUGUCAAUGAUAAUUUUUGAUAAAAUUGAAGAUAACGUUACUACUUUGGUAUUAGAUACGACAAAAAUUACGGCACUACUUCGUUUUUUCGUUCACUAGAAGACUACAAGACUACUAGUCGUAGCCUAGUUUAAUAAUUAUUAAAAUUGAAAGAAAAUUCUGUCUCCUGACUUUUAAAUCUUAAGUAUAAAAUGGGUACCUACAGCCGCGGAUAAUUUAUCAUAUGACUGUAGACCAUCUCAGAAAAUUCAAUUUAAAUUGUUUUGGGUAUUGAGCAACCGCGCCCCCCCCCUAGUAAUGUCUUUAAAUUUAGAUUACGUAAAUGUUCGUGUUAUGUUUAUGUACCUAAUUUUAGUCGUAAAUCUAUAUACUAUGGUAAUUAUGUUUUUUUUUUCUAACUUUGAUUGGAAAAUUCAUGAUUUUUUUUUUAUUAACACCUAUACUAAACUUGACGCAUAGUAUAUUGUCCUAUUGAAUUAUUAUAUUUUUUCUCGUUUUCUUUUAUUUCAAUAAUUUUUAAGUAAAAAUGAAUUUAAUAGUCAUUCGUUUACAAUUCUGGGGAGAAUAUUUUUAAAUUAAAUAAUAAAAAUGUAUUAAAAUUCACAAUAUAUCAUGAAUGUUUAUUAUUUUUGAUUUUGAUACAUAGAAAAGGAACAUUGUCCACAUUGCGAUGGUAAGUAAUAUUUGAACAAUUUAUACUGCAGUGUUAUAUCUAUAACGUAUUACAUGAAAUUCAAUAUGUUGAUAUCAUGUAUGAUUUUGUGUAAAAAUUUCAAAUUUUACUACUUACUAAAUGUUAUAGUUUUAAUUGCUUUAAUUUCAAUUUACUAUAGACAAAUUUUGUAACAUUUCACAAAAUUGUUACUUAUAUUACGUAAUAAGUAUAAUUAUAGGUAUAUUACUUAUAAGUAAUUAGAUAAUAAAUAGGUAAUUAUAAGUAUAAUAAAAUACUUUAUACCGGUAAGCAUAGGAAUAAAGACCAAAAAAAAAUAAAUACAUUACAUCUUAAAUAUAUUCUAACCGAAAAGAAGUACACAGUUAUCUUAGUAUGAUCAAAGUCUACCGUAAAUAUAUCAAGGGACACUCGGAAUUGAAACAACGAUUAAAUACUUUGAUGCACAAAGACAUCCCAUGGACCUGGAGACUCGAGGAAGAAACAACAUUCCAGAACAUUAAAAAGCAUUUCUACGACUACUUAUCCACCACUAACUAAACUUCAAACAACCAUUUUUCAUAUGCACUGAUUCUACGUCACGCGCAGUUGGUGCAGAACAUUUCCAGAUAGAUCGGAACGGUAAAUUCCGAAUGCCCAGAUUUACAAUUAGAACACUGUCAUCCACCGAAACAAGAUACUUCAACACUUAACUGGAAUCUCUGGCUAUUGUAUUUGAUUGCACGUAGUUCAGAAAUUACAUAUUAGGGAACCCAACCAUUGUACUCAAUCUGACUGUGAACUAUAUGAAGGAAACAAAAAAUGUAAUGGUAGAUUUUCCAUAGAGAUACAGACACCAACCUCACAGUAAUAUAAUAUUCACCAGAACAUUAAGGGAUGUUCACAUAGAACCUAUCAUUCAAAAGUUGUUGUCCAGCACUACCAAAUUCUUUCUAUCUUUCUAUCUUUUUAAGAUAACCUAAUGAAGUCAAUAUUAUUAUAAUUUAAAUCUACAAAGUUUAUUGAAAACAUAUUUUAUUCAAGGCCUAGUGAGUUAAAUGUAAAUAUACGUUUUAAAUAAAAAAUUUACGUUUUGUUUUGUUUUUUUUUUUAUUAUUAUUUAUAAUAUAGGUUACGAAGAGCUAGACUAUGAAACCCGUAAGUAUUGUUGUUAAUAAUUUAUAUCUUUUUUUAAAUACCCAAAUCACUAUUAAAAAUUAUCUUGUUUUCUUCAGAAUACAUUAUAAAUAUUCCCUAGUAUAAAAUACCUCUACAAACAUAAUCAUAUUAGUGUAGUGUAUUGCAAUAGAAAUAAAAAGAAAAAAAUUUAUGCCGAGAGACAAGUGAAUUGGUAUUAUUGUUAUUAAUUCAAUAUAAUAUAAGUGCUAUAGUAAUACGGUAAUUACGAACCCAUAGGCGUGCGCAAAUCUCUUUCGCAUAUCGUGCAGAAGCUAAAUGAUAUUUAAUAAUAUUCAUGUAGGUAUUAUAUUAUAAUGAUGCAAAACUGGUCAAGACCAAACAAGGAAGAUUCAAUAUUUAUAUUUGUACUUAUAUUGUAAACAAUUUUUAAAAACACCAUAGAUUACAGAGUAAUGCAGAAAAUUGACUAGUGUAAAACAAAACGGCAAUACGUUUUGUCAAUUUAUUGAUAACAAUUAACAAUUCAAUAUCUAAUUCUCGAAUUUUAUCAAUCUCGAUGUUGUACCAUUUUGGCACAGACCUUUAGUUCAGAAACUAAUGAUAAGGCUUGGGGGAGUUUAAUUGUGUUAGAAGAAAAUGAGUAAAAAAGAGUUCUUCUUCUGGGCGAACUCAGAGAAAUGAAAAAGUGAGGAAAAGUGACGCGCGUGGUCCCGUAUACCUAUUGAUUCCGCGAUCUCUCCAAUUUAGUUACUUCCACCUCGAUUAAACUGUGGCGCAUCUGGGUGGUAAUGCGUAGAAUUAACAGAUGCCAUUAAUUUGGAAGUUGAUAGUUGUAUUAUAUAACAUUCCAUCGUUCAUUGCAAAUUCUGAAUAUUCAAUUUAUUACAAUAUGUAAUACAUGUGUUGGACAGUUGGUUGCAGUGAUAAUGUUAUAAUACCUAUAUUUAGGACCAUGUUGUAGUUGUGUGCUAUACAAUGUGCACUUUACGUUAGCUUCAAUUGCACUUGAGAAUUGCAACGAAGUAUGUAAUCUUAAAGGUCUAAAGUAACCAGUAAACAUCUUAACUGUAAUUUUAUUUUAUUUAAUCUCGUUUAUGGUGAACAAAUACUUAUUACGUAAUUUGUAACGUUAAACUAUUUACGACGAACAUAAGCAUAAAUCGUAUAAAUAAAGUAGUUUAAAAUUUGAAUGGUAAUCUAACCUUCAUCUAACUUAUCAGUGCUAGUUCAGUGGAUUUCGAUAUCCCGAGGGUUCACGUUGUUCGCGAGUGAUAGCUCGGAUAUCGUGAAAACCAUACGUAUUAUGUAUACUUCAAAUUGUAUUAUUAAAUUUAUAUUUAACAAUUUUUGUAAGGGUCGUCUUACAUAAAAAAUUAAAUUAGGGGGUCUUAAUUCGUAAAGGUUAGAGACCACUAAUCUAGUUAUUGGUACUAUAAACAACGAUUUCGUGAUUUUUAACAAGAGAUUUUAAUUUCAGUUUUAAUACAUACUAUUAUAUAGGCUUUAAAAUUCACCAUUUCCUUUAUUUGUUCAACUUUGGUUAACGGUGAUUUUUAGGAAUGACCUAAACGUUUAAAAUUGACAUUUACAUUUUUUUUUUUAACCAAAUUACAUAAUCUAUAAAAUAAUUAGAUUGUAGGUACUUCAACAAUAUUAAACUUAUCUAUAUUAUCAUAUACUGUCGGUCGAUAAGAAUAUAGAUUAAUAUACAAAUAAACAAUAAUAAUAUAGAAUUUUGUCAGUAGUAUGAUAAAAUAUUUAUUUAUAAUAGUAUAAGUUUAUAUUUUGUUUCAUAUUUUAACAAGAUAACGACUUUCAGAUUUAAAUUUACAAGCACAAAGUAAGUUUUCAACUUGAUAAUUUCUAUUCAAUGCUAUUCAAGUACUUCUUUGGCAAUAUUUAUUCACAGAGUUAUUUGAAUGUUAAAUAUUAUAAAUAUGUAUAAAAUAUACACUAAAUGAACAAUUUUUUUGGAUACAGUUAAUAUACAGACGAGUAUGUUUCAUAUAAGAUUUUUAUGCUAAUUUUUAUGCUAUUUUGAAAAUCAUAUUGCUAAUGAAAAACGAUUCUGAGCGGAGUUUGGUUAUACUUGUUUUGAAAGGUCGUAAUAUUUACGAUUUGAAAAUAACNUAUAAAUAUGUAUAAAAUAUACACUAAAUGAACAAUUUUUUUGGAUACAGUUAAUAUACAGACGAGUACGUUUCAUAUAAGAUUUUUAUGCUAUUUUGUAAAUCAUAUUGCUAAUGAAAAACGAUUCUGAGCGGAGUUUGGUUAUACUUGUUUUGAAAGGUCGUAAUAUUUACGAUUUGAAAAUAACACAUUUUGUAAAUUUUAUUACGUUUUUUCUCGGUCUUUAUGAAAAACCCCUUAGAAAAUCAAAAGAAAUUACCUGUUUAAUGCACCAAAUAAAUCCAAAAUUCAACAAACAAGAUCUCUUGUCAUUUUUCGAUUGGAACAAAAUUUCUGAUAUAAAAGUUGUAAAAGAUACAGAAAAAAAAAAUAAAAAACACUCAUUAUAGUAAAACUAAUAAAUCUCUCGGUACACUCUGAAUCUAAACAUAAUCACAUAUCGUAUUAAAACCUAAGAAUCCCACGCUAUGCUUGGUAUCUAAACAGUUGAGCGUAAUGUAAUCAUUUAUUUUUAAUAAACCAUUCAAGUUUAAAUGUGUUGUGUAUGAAAAUCAUAUAAAAUAAAAAUCACGGCAUUUCAAAAUAUAACUGAAUUUCAAUCCGAACCUCUUUUUCAUUAUUCAUUGACAAUGAUACAUCAUUGCGUACAGAUAUAAAUUAAAUAACUUUAUGUACCUAUCCAACCUUCCAAACCUGAGUGACUAACAGUUAACUUUCGCUCAAUAUACCGAAAUUUAAAAAAAUAAAUACAUUUUUGUCUUUGGAAAACGGUUAUAAUAAUAAUAAUGUAUAAUAAUGGAUUUGACGGUUUUUUUUCAGAGAGCAAAUACUCGAGUUGGUUGACAGAUUUAAAAAAAAGUAAUUCAUUUGAACUUUGAUUCGGAAAUAUGAUCCAGACUAUAUAUUUUAAUGCAUAACUAUAUUUCAUAUUAAUUGCUCAGUGUAGAUCGCGUAUUUCUUUAUUUACCAUGUUCAUAUUCUAUCGUACGCAUUAUAUUGACGUUAAAUUUCAGAAACUGUAUUUUCAUUACUUUUUAAAAACACCAAUCAAAUUGAAAAUAAAGGAACACUCCAAAUAUAUGACAAUACCAUUAUAACAACGUAACAUAUUAUAUUGAUCGAUUGAAUGAAUUGAACCAAUCAAUUGAAGACGUGAGUACAACAACCAGACAGCUCCAUUUUUUUUAUUUUUCGAAAAUUACUUUUUUGUAUAUUCCUAAAAAAAAAAUCCCGUCGAUUGGUGAAACAAUCAGACAAAUCCGAUCGUUAGAUACGGAAAAUAUAUACAAAUGGAGAUGUUUGUUUUACUUUUUGUUGCAAAUACAAGACUUCUCCAGAGAAAGUAAAUUUGAUAAUUUGGUAAUUUAGUAACUUGGAGAUGACUGGUUGUUGCAUCCACGUCUUCAAUUUUAAGUCCACGUUUGUCACACAUUAUUUACUAUAAUAUAAGUUGAAGUCUAAAUAUUUUCAAUAAAAUAUUUUAUAUUUUGGGUUCCAAAAAACAACUAGUCAUAAUUGCGUCAAUCGUUGAAAAGAGUUGAUAAUGAUAUAAUUAAUUAUUUUAUUUUCAGCUGAUCCGAUGUUUGGUGAAAUGUAUUUUAGCUACGCAAUAAGAGCUCUAAGAAGACGUAAUUUAAUUUUACAUUACUUGUAUUAUUACUCAACAUACCCAUAAGACAAGAUGGAAAAUUUCACAUGCAAUCUUUUGACUGGUAGAAUUGACUGACUAGGUCUCCUAUAUUUCCUUAAUUUAAAAUUCCUACUUAUUUCACAUAUUCUUCCGUCAUACUAAACUUCUUUAUUUUUUAUACUUUAACUAUAAACUUCACAAUUUUCAAUGUUUAUCAGCCGUAAUCAGAUUAAUUACCUUAUUUUUUUUGUGAGUUGAGUGAAUUCUGUGUCUCUUCCAUAUCAUUGGUUGAAGAUCAUACUUAUUAAACUUAAAAUUAGUUUAGAAUAGAUAAAGUAUUAUUUUAGAAAACCAUCCAUACUCGUGUCCCUGUUGCCAAAUCAGGACGUAAUCCUUUGAUAAUUAUAAAAACAAAAAACAAUAUAAAUAAGAAAAAAACAUUACAGAAAUACAAAAACUUUUUGAUUUAUACAACAAAAUAUAAUAACUGAACUUAACGUUAAAAAUUAUAAAUCAAUUUAUUUUUAGGGAGAAGACCAUUGCCUCAACAUUUGAUACCUAAAUAUCAUGGAUUUAAAUGUAAGUGAAAAUUCAGAACCGUUAAAAUAAUGUUCUUUUUUUUAAUUCCGUGUUCCUGGCAUCUUCUCUCCAUUUUUAUUUCGGGAAUCCUACCUAGAGCAUUCGUUUAUGCAUUUCGUCCUGUCGUUAGUGUUGCAUCCUUUAAUACAUUUUUAGCAUUACGUGCUAAAAAUGGAGGCAUGCUUGGACCCCGAUUCAAAUUUUGAACCUAAAUGUGUCACACUCUUUUAUGCUUUAUUAGUGCACUUUGUGUCAUCAUCAGUGCCCCAUCAUUUAAAAUUUUAUAAGAAUAUUAAUUUUAAAAGAGCUGAUACUGGAGAUAGGUGUGCCACUUUUGUCGUUGGGAAAUCGGAACAUUAGAAUACAUAAAAUUAUUAAAUUUAUAUCUAUAAGCAACGAUUAACUAUUCCUAACGAAAAACGAUUCGGAGCGUAGUUCAGUUACCUAUACAUGUUUUGGAAUGUCAUAAUAUUUAUGGUUUAUAUCAAAAUUUGACUUUAAAACUCUUAUAUAUACAAAAAAAAAAAAAACAUUAACUGAAUUCAGUGAACUAUCUGCUAAGCUUGAUUAUUUUUUGAUAAGAUGAAUUAUUUUUUUAAAACAAUACAUUAUACAAAUAAUCAUUUUUAAAAUUGAAUCAAAGAGAGGAAUGUAGGAUAAUGAUUUUAUAGUGGUAUUUUUUUUUUAUACUGUAUACUGAAAUUCUACCAGAAACCUUGCUCCAAUGCAUUAAGUGUAGCAUCUUUUUUAAAGGUAAUGCAAAAUAGCAAUACAAAUUGUUUGCCGCCCCACCCCCCUCCCCAUGAAAUUGACCCGAAGACGCUCACGACUACCGACCGCUAUGGCUACAAAUUAUAAUUCCUUUACCAUUUUUUUUUUAAAAAUUUAAAUGUACAUUUCGUAGAUACAUUGUAUAAUUAUUAUUGUUUAUUAAUAUAAUUUUUUGUACAUAUUUAAAAAUAAUUACAGUAUAUAGCAGUAAGUUAACAUUCAAAGGCUAAAAAAAAUAAUUUUAAUAAUAGUCAAUCGUUAGACUUUUUUAAAUGUUCUGUAAAUUAUGAGCCUUCAUGCUGUCCAAUUUCUGAUGAUUUAAUAUUAUGAGUCAUAAGAUAUGAUUUAUAUGAUUUACGGCAAAGAAUCUGAUAAUCUGUCAUAUUUAUCUACCCAAAUGUUAUUACUCCCAUAUAUUUUACUUGUUCUAAAUUUAUUUAUAGAUUUUAAAAAUGGAUAAAAAAAAUAUAUAAUACAACACUUGUUCGUUUUGUUAGUUCUUAAAAUAUCUGAAAUUUGGUUUCAGUAUUAGUAAAUCUUACAAAUAAAAAAUAAAAUAAAUUUAAGUAAAAAUAAAGUAAAAGGAAUGUAUCAUUCUCAUUCGCAUCUUCUCUUAAAUGUGACGUAUUUUAUAAAGUUGUUAUUUCCAUAAAAUAAUAAAAUAAGAAUUUGAUUUAACUAUAAAUUAUAAAUAUUUUUAGACAAUUUAAAUAGAAUUGAUAUUAAGGAAAUUACUCUAUCAUUCACACACAGUGGAAAAACAAAACUUAAUUUUAUUUGUAUGUUUAGAGUUCCAUGUAUGGCCUGAAUUGACUGGAACAUUUAUUAUGUAUUACCUAUUUCACUGUAAGCAAGACGAUUUUGUAUUUUUAUUGUUUUUUUAUUCAAAAUUUAAUUGUCCUUAAGUGUAUGAUUCUCAUAAUAUGUGUUCACAUCAUAUAUAUCUGAUAUAAAAGAACUAAAUGGCCGAUCAAGCCUACCUUAGUUUCGAUUGGGAUAUAAAUGUAAAUGUAAAUAGCGCCGAUUUUAUUUCGCAUAAGGGAGCACCAACAUGUUUGGUCGCAUCGUAUGCUAUGUGUUUUAACGAUUAAAAUAUUCGCUCUUGUUGGCUUUCUUAUGAUACUACUAUUAUUCCUAUGAUUACUUAAUUUACAUUUGUUUGGGCGAAUCUAGGUGGGGCACCCUACACAAUGUUUACACAUGUAAUAAUAUAUAAUAUAUAAUUUAUACAUAAAAAAAAGGGUAUUUGUGUUUAUGAUUGUCGCAUUGUUUUAUCAUACAAUCUGUGGGGAUAACGUGUGGAGAUGUAAACCUUUACUCGAUUAAAUUCGAAUUUAAGCAUUAUAUAAUUAUACGAAUAGUUAAACAUUAAUUUAGAAAAGGUCAUACAACCAUAAUUUAUUUCAGUAUUUAUACAAGUAAAAUCAACAUAUUUUUAAUAUUUUUGAAAAAAACGUUUACCCUCCCCUUGAUUAAAAACCUUGCUGUGCCUGUGCAUGCGCUGUACCUACGCAACAGUUUAAUUUUAUACGAUCGGAAUGUCACAGAACUGGUCCCAUUAUUUUGGUACAAUAAAUUGCCACCAGAUCUCUCGGAUUUAGAUCUCAAUAUCAUGACAUAAUUGCCCUCUUGGUAUGUGACUGCGAAACUUAAUAUCUCAUAUAGUCUAUAUAACUCUAUCAUAAAAUCUGUUAACUUAUUAUUUAUAUGAUGGUUCACACUUAUUACGUUAAAUAUAAACGAUUAACUUAGUGACUUAUCUAUGUAGUUAAUCAAAUAUAUUAUAAAUACUAAUAUGGUUUACCUAUGCUUCAGGUCAAGUCGGUGAAUCAAACCAUCUUCAUUUUCAUGAAUAUGAAGAUGAUGUCAAAGAAUGUCAUGAACGUAGCUGUCAAUAUGAAUCAUCAUAUCAUAGUGAAAGUCAUGAUCAUCAUGACCAUUCAAGAGAAAGCGAACACACCAGAGACUAG